UGUUGUCUACACGUGGGUUCUAACUGUACUGUGCUUCGUGACAUCUUGACGUUUGUGCGGUUCGAGUGUUACAUCGCAUUGUGUAGUGCUGUGUACAUGUAGUCUCAUUCGGAUAACUUUUGAAAGAUGAGCGACUUCGAGCGUAUAAAACGCGGGUGUUUGAAGCGCGGAGAACUAUGGGAAGACCCCGAGUUUCCCGCCACCCAAACCUCAGUGUUCUACCAUCAGACUCCGCCAUUCCAGUUUGUCUGGAAAAGACCAAAGGAAUUAUGUUCGAGGCCAGUCUUCGUUCACGACGCUCCAGGACAGUUCGACAUAAGCGCGGGAAAAAUGGGCGACCGCUGGCUAGUCUCGUGUCUAGGGGUGCUCUACCUCAGCAAGGGAUUGUUCUACAGGGUGGUCCCAGCUGAUCAGAGCUUCGCCACGGACCAGUACUGUGGGGUGUUCAGGUUCAGACUCUGGUGGUGUGGGGAGUGGGUGGAAGUGAUGGUGGACGACCGUUUACCCACCGUGGCGGGAAAACUAGCCUUCCUCCAGAGUCAACACUCCGACCAGUUCUGGCCCGGACUGCUGGAGAAGGCUUAUGCCAAAUUGCAUGGCUCCUACGAGGCCCUCAAGUACGGAACAUUGCUGGACGGGUUGGCAGACCUGACGGGAGGCAUAACGGAGAGUGUCAGUAUUAGACAAGACCCCACCACUUGUGGCAGAAUGUUGUCCAAACUGUUAGAGAUGACAUCCCUCAUCACUUGCACAGUUCAGUCCUCCUUGCAACAGGUGAGAAAUCAAGUGGAGAAACUUGCAAAUGGAAUUCAAAUAGGAACCAACUACAGGCUGUAUGCUAUAGAAAGGGUUGAAACGUUCAAUGGUGAGCCAGUACAGUUAGUGAGACUGCGUAACCCUCUAGGGGUGGUGGGGGGAGAGUAUGUAGGAGCUUGGGCCAGAGACUCCACUGAGUGGGACGAGAUUCCACCUCAGGAAAAGGAGCGACUGGCUGUGAGACACAUGGCCGAUGGAGAGUUUUGGAUAUCAUACUCAGACUUUGUGAAGACGUUUACACACCUGGAGGCUGUACAUCUGGACAGUGACACUUCUAGAGAUGAACCUUCUCUCCACCACAAACAGACUUGGCAGAUGAAGCUGUACCAGGGAGCCUGGCAAAGGGGGGUGUCUGCCGGGGGCUGCAGGAACAACCCUGACACUUUCCACAUCAACCCACAGCUGCAUCUGAUCCUUAGUGAGAUGGAGGAAGUCAUCAUCUCACUCAACCAACACAGUAUUAUGGAGCCAAAGGUUAUAGGUUUCACGUGUUAUUCGUUGCCGAAAAACAGCCUUGAAACAAUAGGGAAAGCAUUUUUUAAGAAGAACAAAUCUUUGGUCAAUUCACAGUAUACAAACAGCAGACAGGUGAGCCACAGGUGUCAGCUGGAACAAGGAGGAUAUCUAGUGUUGCCAACAACGUUUGAACCUGGUCAAGAGUCCAGCUUCACCCUCAGAGUCUACUCUAGUAAACCUCUUAAACUCAAACUGUUGGAUACACAACCUUCUCUAGUCAAAUCCGCAAUCAUCAAGGCACCCGCUACUCUUGAGGGCAAGAGUUUUACCCAGUACGAAGCAGUAUUCUUACAACUCGCAGACGAACACAGAACCGUAAAUGCUUUUGAGCUACAGGAACUUUUGGAUGCCUGUUUACCUAAUGAUUACAUCAAGAGCUGUGCUUGCAUGGAGGUCUGUCGACAAGUGGUACUGACUUUGGAUAACACAGGAAGUGGGAGGCUGAAACUGAGUGACUUCAAGGAUUUAAUGUGUAGUUUAAAGUAUUGGCAGACUGCUUUCAAGAACCACACCAAGGAGAAAACAGGCAUUCUCAAGGCAGAAAGGUUAAAAGAAGCUCUCCUUGAAGUUGGAUUUCAGCUCAGCACGGAUGUAUUAUCAAUCCUGGUUCUCAGAUACAUGAGGAAAGACGGCACACUCCGAUUUGGAGACUUUGUUUCAGCCAUUCUUCAUCUCAGCAUAGCAUUUAAUGUUUUUGAAGCAAAAGAUCCUUUGCAGAAUGGAAGUGUAAAGUUAUCCCUGGCUGAGUGGCUGAAAUCUUCGCUAAUGUGCUGACAGAAAAAAUCUGGAAACACUCACUAUCAACAAUCCCUCAACUGUUCUUCUUAUUCUCUUUAUUGCUAAGAAUAAACCAAUUCUGUGUUUUAUUAAUUUGUUCAAAUUUAAAAGAGAGUUUACAAAAGAUUAUACAAACUGCUUUGAACGGUAAAAUAUAAUUUUUCAAAAUAUUAUUUUUUUAACGGUUUUGAUGGUGUUAGUUGUUUCCUAGCACACUACCUGUAAAGUUCUUUUAAAACUUUUGCUAUAAAAGGAUUGUAAAGAUAUUUUAUUUUAUUCUGAUAUUUGUACAGCAGAAUUCUUUGUUUUGUUUCGCUCCAUUCUACAUUUCUCUGUAGUUUUAUUUAGCCUUAAUUAACAUUUCUCCUUGAAUAAUUUGUGGUGCUGUAAAUAUAUUUGUAAUUUACCAAUGUAAAUUUUUGUUGAUUUGUAUAAUUUAAGUGUUUAUGUUUACUUUAAGCAAUAUUAAAUGACAAAUAGUUAUGUCAAAAAUU